AUGACGAGCUUCAUCUACCCGGUGGUAGUGGCCUGGACAUGGAAUUACGGCUGGCUGGACACCAUCUUCGAUGUGGGCUACAUGGAUUUUGCUGGCAGCGGCAUUGUCCACCUGACUGGAGGUGUGAGUGCCCUGGCUGGAACCAUCGUCCUCGGUCCUCGCACGGGACGCUUCGUCAACCCGGAGGAGUUCGAGCCUCACAAUUUGCCCUUGGUGGUGUUGGGCACUUUCGCGCUGUGGUUCGGCUGGUAUGGCUUCAACCCGGGCUCCACCCUCGGCAUGCACACUGGCGAUACCGGUGCAAUGGCCGCUCAGGUGCGCGCUUUGUUAGUGUCAGGACGGAGGUGUUGGUGUUUUAGGGCUGCAGGGUUCAUCAUCGACACUGCAGUCGCCGUGAUUGCCAGGCCGGUAUAG